AUGGCAGAUUCAUCUGAAUUUUCAAGCCUAAAACCUCGACAGAAACGUGUCCUACCCUCCCGUUCACGUCGUGGUGGUCCUGGAAUAGGAAGCUGUGAUGUUGACCUCAUGAUAUUGGACGCGCAGAGACGAAGAUUUGAGAAUGAGCCGCUCAUUCCGGCAAAUACGCAGUUCUUGUUGACCACAAACUCUGCCCUCGUACCCCAGCCUCAACCCUCAUCUUCGACUGACUUCGGACUCAAUAGUCAUGCGAAUCAACGCUAUUUCGACAGGCCAGAUGUUAUUCAAGCUUAUCGAGAGCAACAAAUCAUACAGACACCUGAAUUCACUACUUUGUCAGAGGAUGCUAGCGUUGGAGGUAGAUUCAGGCCGAGAAUUUCUGCGGAGCUCCCUGAGUCAGCGGACACUUCUGAUGCCAUAUAUGAAAAGCGCCAUAGGAAGUACGAGACGUUUGAAAAGCGCCAGCGUCUCCGUGAAAAGGAGAAGCUGAAGCAUGAGCAGUACAAGCUCAAGGAGAGGAUAGAACAGCUGAGGGCGAUGGACGGAAGUGCAUUCCUCGGAUUACCCGCAGCAUCUUUCCCCCUACCAUCUGAUGCAGUUCAGGUCGAAGACAGCCGAGACACGAGCCUUACGGCAAUUCACGUCGACGGGACAGUCAUGUGUAACGAGGGGGAGAGGCGACGGCAGGAGAUGCUUGAGGUAGCUUACAUCUUGGAGGAUCGAUACCGCACCCUGUUACCGUCGGACAAGAAGAACUAUUUCGAUCAGAGAAAAGCAAGCAGGCAGAGUAGCGUCAAUAUCCCUCCUUCCUCCGACAUCUACCCUCAAGACGAGUCAAUCAUUAAUGGCCGAGCUUCCGCCACUCUUUUACCUACCAAAGCCAGCACCUCACUUGUCUUGAAAAUCAAGAUGCCGAAACAGUCAAGCUUUUCCCCAUCAGUAUCCAGCACCCCAGCACCCAAGCCUACAACCUAUUUAUUAUCUUCACCAUCCAAGUCCAAAUCGGUAUCCAGAGCGUCUCCAGCGAAACCAAUAUCCAGAGCCUCUUCUGAAACAGAGUCCGUCGAAUCCGAACGACCGCGCAAACGCGCAAGACCGUCACACCUCGAUGAGGCAUACUCUCCACACUCUACUCCAGAACAUCGUGCACCGCGCCAUCCGCAUCCCGCACCAGCGCCGAAACCAGAACCGUGCGUCCUCAUGCAGGCUGCUAUCCGCGCCUCAUCUGCGCCAACUGCUCGUAAAACGCAUAGGCAUGUAACUGCGUUUGGCACAAAAGUGCCACAAGAGAUUGAGGAACUUAGGGACUUUGAACUUCCUGAAUGGAUAGUUCCUGCCCAACUCGAGUAUACGGAUUCGGUAGGUCGUACACCAGAGCCUGUAAUCAUUGCGGAAGAGCAACUCGGGAUGAAUGGUACCGUGCCUGUUUGA